AUGGCACUGGAACCGAAGGAAAUCGAACUGAAGGCAAAGGCCCUCACGAAGGCUGCAACCCAAAAUGAGCCAGCGGCCAACAUAGUAUCGCUAUUAAAGGAGUUACAACAGGGUGUCAAGGCCUCUGAAGACCUACUACGAUCUACCCGUGUCGGUAUUAUAGUCAACAAAUUCAAACAACACAAAUCACCGGAAGUUGCACGCUUAUCGAGUGAGAUUGUCUCCAGAUGGCGGAACGAGGUCAACAAGCAAAAAGUGAGCGGAUCAGCAGGGGGAAGUCAACGAUCAAGCGCAUCUCCCCGUCCACCUCAGAAUGGAACCGCCUCACCAGCCAGUGCGACUCCGUCGGAUAAGGCCUCAAAGCUCACAGUGUCUCCAGAUAAGCGAACAUGGAAGGCGGAUGGAGUUGACACAAACCAGACGGGUAUCAAGGCACGCGACAACUGUAUUGGUCUUAUUUAUGAUGGACUCUGUCUCAACUCGACGGAACCUCCGAAGGCUGUGCUAUCAAAGGCUGCGGCAGUCGAAGCUGCAGCGUACGAUGCCUUCGGGCCUGAAACGAAAGAACCAUACCGCACCAAGAUUCGCAGUCUAUUCCAGAACCUCAAAAACAAGUCCAACCCAACACUUCGCGUACGCGUUCUGAGCAGCUCCGUCACUCCUGAGCACUUUGUGAAAAUGUCCCACGACGAGCUCCGGUCUGACGAACAGCGCGAGAAGGAUGCAAAGAUCCAAAAGGAGAACAUGGACAAGGCUAUGGUAGCCCAAGCCGAGCGCAGUAUUAGCACAAGCUUGCAGUACUUCAACCUACUGAGCGAGAACCUUGGGGUUGAGAGUAUGGAACUCGAUGGGGAGAAGGACUGGAUUGUUGAUACUGAGAACGCUGUUGUUUGCUUAAAAGGAAAGGCGAGAUUUGUGAGUAAGGCUACGGGACAGGGAUGGAAUGAGGUAUUUAUUUAUAAGAUUUCUUUGGCGGAGGAAGAGGGGAAUGGGGAAGGAAAGGACGGGUGGAAGGUUAGGGUUUAUGAGGUCUGGGCGGAUACAGGGGCGGCGUAUUUGGCUGCACUGGGAGAGUUGGACGGUUUAUCUUGA